GGCAGCAUCGUACUGUCCCAGACCCAACAGGCUGUUUGUAUGGGGAGAAUGGACAAUGCCUAGGCGCUGUUAACGGAGGGAUAAACACGGCGAGAUUGUCGAGGAACAUUAUCACUCUGUUUAUCAUCGCAUUGGACUGAGCCAUUGUUUAAUUCGUGUGCUGUGACUCUCGACUCCUGCGGUUUGGUGACAGCUAUGGGUGGGUUGGGAAACGGGCGCCGUGGAGGGAGAUCACCCCCUCUGAUGAUCGGUGCUCUUAUUGCCUGUAUUCUUGUUCUGGGCUUUAACUACUUGUCCAGCUCCCGCAACCUGGAGCUACAGACCAAACUGUAUGAGCUGGAAGGCCAGGUGCGACGAGGUGCAGCAGAGCGAGGAGUUGCAGAGCUGAAGAAAAAUGAGUUCCAGGAAGAAAUACUGAGACAGAAGGAGCAGAUCAACCACAUUGAAAGCCUUUUCAAGAGACAGCUGGAAGGAUCCCAGAACAGCUGCAGCCAAGACAAGGCCACUCUGCAGCAGAACAUUACCUCCAGUACCAAAACCCUACAGGAACUCAAAGGUCAGUUGAAUCAGCUGAAUGAUGAUCUGGGAAAGCUUCAAAAGGAGCUGCAGAGUUGCCAAGGCAACAUCAAAACCCUCAACAACAAACUCACCUAUGACAUGACCCACUGUAACUCCCAGGUCCUGUCCCAGAAGGAGCUGUGUGACGAGAGAGUGGCUGCAGCUAAACUUGAAGUUCAGAAAAAGAUGGAGAAGCUCAUUGCUUCUCAAGGUGUCUCCACACCAUUUGAAAAUACAGCAGAUGCAGCAGUCCAGACUGGGGCUGAUGCAGUUAAGACAUCGACUGUUGUAAGCCACACACCAACCCUCUCUCAGCCCAAAGUAAAAGAACCAGCUGAACUACUGACCAACGAGAUCAUCGUGGACAAUGGUCCAGAUGCUCCACUAGACCAGGCCGGGGCAAAGGAUGUUACUGUACCUUCAGCUACUGCAGACAAGCAGGACAUUUUGUCACCACCAGAGGGCGCUGUUACAACAGAUGAGGUUGAGGCAGGGACCAGUAAACUUGUGAAGAACAACCUGACUGAGGAUAAAGAGAUGGAGGUGAUGGAUGCUCACGAAGAGGGUCCUGCACAGACAGAGGAAGCAGAUCCAGGCAUGGAAGGCAUGCUGAUGAGCCAGGUGAAGGUAGAUGAUUCUCGGUCAAAACUGGAUGAGCAGGAUGAAUACGAGGAACAAGAAGUGGGUGGAGCUGAUUCAGAGAAACAACAGCAGACCAAACAAGCUGAAAACAUAGACAAGGACAUGGAGGAGGAAUUGGCCGACUAUAACGGUGAUGAUGAGAAUGAAGGCGAAUUCGAAGCAGACAAACAGGCUGAGCUGGCUCAAGUCUAAGGGCUGGAGUUGGAUAUUCAUCGCAGCACAAUAACAGGUUAUAGCAACCCUCCAAACACAGAGAACACACAAGAAACCCAGGUGUACAUUUCAGUGAAACAGACUUCUGACAUUUAGUUUUGGGGGGUGCAUUUCAUUUACUUUGCAUUCUGGAAUGUAUUUUCAUUUGUCAUCUUAAUUGCAUUUUGACUCCCAUUUCAGAUAAUUACAUUUUGGGUAUUACAGCUAAAAUAUUAACAACUUCUUACACAUUUCUUGAUAUUCUGAAAGAUCUACAAAAAAGACAAACAUGAAAAUAUACCUUGUAAUCACUGACUUAGUUAGUCCUCAUGGCUUGACACCAGUUUAAUCGAAACCACAAAAAUUCAAGAUCUCAACAUCUUCUGGGAAUCAAUGUGUUUUUUUAUGGUGUUAUUAGAUGUGUUGUUUAUGUUCACUCUGUAACGACUGUAACUUAAUACAGUAUAAACGAGGACAAUGUGCUGACACUUCUAGGCUCAUUGAACACCCUACGUCGUCUGUACAGAGUCGCACAUGUAAAGAUGUGUGAGAGGUCAGGAUGUUUUUUUUUUCUCUACAAAAUGUCUGUCAGUGUACGCAACUGAGACUUUCCAAAUCUGCAGCAAAUGUGCUGAAAUUGUACUUAGACUGCUUGGUGCAUUUGUGUCAUUUUGAUGUUAAAGCAAAUCAAAUUGGAGAGUGAAAACAGCAAGUUUGCAUGCACAUAACAUAAAAAGAAAGUUCUGUGUCAAAGUCAUUCUUCAUGACAAAUGGGCAGGCUAGCCUUGGGGAUAAAUAUUAUGUGAAACUUUGCCAGAUUUUACAAACUAUAUUAUCAUUGCUGAGCAAUGCUGAGCAAUCAUUUUUGAAGAAUCCCUCUGUUCAUUGCUCUUGCAUUUUAGUGUCUGAACAGCUUUAAUUCUCUGCUGUUUCAAGGAUCAGAUGGAGUAACAGGGCUAAAUGUGUGCUAAAAAAAAUGGCAUCGUUAAUGUAGCAGUACAGUUUAAGAAGAUGAAGACGAGAGUGUGGCACACCUGGUUAUAUCUGUAGAUCAGCAUUUUUCUAUUUGAAAUCAUGCCUUAUCAAGUUCUGUGUGUCAGAUGGAGAGCCGUGUUACAUGUUUACUGAUCAUUGAUCUGCUCAGAGUUUUGUGAAGUCACUUUUUAGAUACUGCUUCUGUUCUGCUGAAUUGAAUUAACUUUAUAUUUUUUAGGAGAAAGCAGAGAGUGUUUGGAAGUAGCUGUAAUUUCAUGAAGGGCAUUUCCUUAAUUAAAGCAGGACCUGUGUGUUGUGCUUUAGGACGCCAAUCCAGUUGAUGUGAACUUUUCAUAGCUGUGCUUAAAUGUAUUAGUCCAUUCAACUUAGAGCUGCACUAUACUGGAAAAUGUAUGGGUGAGUGCAAACAUGAAGUAGUAUUAAGUAUCCGAAGAAACAAAGUUUAGUUUUGAGAGGAUCUUUUGUUUCCUUGUGUUUUAUGUACAGGACAGAUGAUUAUUCUAAUUAACAGGCAUUCUGUUAAGUCUCUCUGGAACAAACGUGACAGAUCAUAAGCAUGUUUUAGUUUAAUUUCCAUACAUCCAUAAAGCUGACUUUUUAUCAACUGUCCAAUUGUAAUCAUGUAAAAAAUAUAUCUUUAUGGACUUCCAUUAUUUCCUAUCUGGAACCUUCUGGGAGUAGCAGGUGUAAAGCCACAAUUUGGGUAUUAUAUUGUAUGCUUGUGCACCUGACAGGUUUAUGGAAAGGUAUCUUCAUAUCCACACAAGGCUGCUCCUGCUCCUGAGAUUGUACAGCUAGUCCUGAACUUAAAUAAAAUGUCUUUUAAGAUUAUAGGAUACAAACUGUAGUCCUCCCUCUGAACUAACGGCUGGGCUAUAAAAUGCCAUUUAAAUUAAAUAACACAUUAUUAUCAGUGAAGAUGUAUUUAUGAAACAGUGUCAUAUUCUUUGGAUAUUUCUCUUAUAGUGAAGCAUAUAAGACCAUUGUCAUACAUUUAUUUGCCUGAACUCCAUGGACAUUAUCCUAAAACUGAGCAGCUUAAAACAAGCUAACCAUGAAAUAAAUAUUGAUAUUGUCUUUUAGCCAUAAGUCAGACUAGGCAGUGCAGUACACUCCAGUAUAUGUUUCCAUGAAAAAGUUUUCAUUUUUGAGGCAAGGAGACUUGGCGGAUUAGACUCAGUCUUUUUUGUUGUGUUUGUUUAUUACAAAUGCUUGACCAUAUGAGUUUGUUGGACCUAAUUUCAAACUUUCAGUAGGAGUCCAAAUUAUAAGCUCAAAUGUCAAAGAUAGGUUCACAUUCUAAGUUUAACUAUUUCUUAAAUUAUUUUUGAAAGUGCUAUUUUUAUUUCUUUAAUGACCUGGUCUUAGAUUAAAUAAAAAUACACAUAAGAAACAGAUCUGCUCAUGACAGGUUUAGUAAGGACAAGAGCCUCAUAGUUAUGUGAUAAAUAACUAAACUUUUACAGAGGGGACCAAUGACAACAGUUUAAAACAAUUAAUCUGGACACGUAUAUAAAGAGGCUUGACUCCCUUUGGUCAGCCUUGCAAGAAAAAUGUUUCUGAGGCUUUCUUUUUUUGUUUGUUAUAAUUUGAUUUCCAGAGCUGCUGUUAUUUGUUGUCUGAUUUGUUCUGACGCUGCCGAGUUUGGACAAAUUCUGCUUCUUGUGUUGUCAGAAAGCUUCAGGUGCCUGUUUUGUGUACAAAGUCAAAUCUUUUGUGUAACUGGAAAUGUUUUUUUUAUAAAAUUAGAUUUUUUUUCUCCGUGAUUACAUGUGUUUGAAAUUUUUUUGUUUGAAUUUGAACUGCUGAUGAAUUGUGAAAAGAUUGAAUAACAUAGGCUUUAUUGAUGAGAGAUAUAAAAAUUGUUUUUAUUACCACUA